UCCGGGUAAAGGGGUGUCAUGUUCAGUGCAUCAGUGCAUUCGUUUGGUAGAGUCAUCGAGCCUCAGAUUCUUCAAUUACCGUUGGGCCAUAAGCGCCAACUCGUAUGCUCUUUGACCGCGCAUGCUGCCUUCGCUGGCGAGUCAUCAACUAUGGCCACUAACUCAGUCCGAGUUGCUGCCGCUCAGAUGACUUCCAUUAACGAUCUUGCAGCCAAUUUCGCCACCUGCUCUCGACUCGUUAAAGAAGCAGCAUCAGCUGGAGCAAAGUUACUUUGCUUUCCCGAGGCAUUUUCUUUUGUGGGUUCUAAGGAUGGGGACAGUGUUAAGAUUGCAGAACCCUUGGAUGGACCAAUUAUGCAAAAAUACUGCUCUUUGGCAAGAGAGUCCAGCAUCUGGUUAUCACUUGGAGGCUUCCAAGAAAGAGGAUCUGAUGAUGAUCACUUGUGUAACACCCAUGUUGUAGUAGAUGACACUGGGAAAAUUAGAAGCUCUUAUAGAAAGAUACACCUGUUUGAUGUUGAUGUUCCUGGUGGAAGGGUAUAUAAAGAAAGUAGUUUUACAGAAGCAGGAAAGGAUGUUGUUGCAGUAGACAGUCCUAUUGGUCGUUUGGGUCUCACUGUUUGCUAUGAUUUGAGAUUCCCAGAGCUUUACCAGUUAUUGCGAUUUCAGCAUGAAGCGCAGGUGCUCUUGGUGCCUGCAGCUUUCACUAAAGUGACUGGUCAAGCACAUUGGGAGAUUCUUCUUCGUGCUCGUGCAAUUGAAACUCAAUGCUAUGUCAUAGCUGCUGCACAAGCUGGCAAACAUAAUGAUAAAAGAGAAAGUUAUGGUGAUACAUUAAUUAUUGACCCAUGGGGAACCAUUAUUGGUCAAUUACCUGAUCGCUUGUCUACAGGGAUUGCUAUAGCUGAUAUUGAUUUAUCAUUAGUAGAUUCUGUCCGGGAAAAGAUGCCAAUUGCUAAGCAAAGGCAGCCAUUGGACUUCUCGAAAGCUUCAUCUUUAUAGCUUGAGGGCAUGUCCUCUUGCAUUUCUCUGGGCUAUCUGAAGUUUCCAUGGGUAAAAGAGUAUGCAAAUUUCUUUGUGCAACAGCUGUGUCUUUUUCUGACAACAGAAUUGAAAUAGAGCAAAAAUCUGGUUUUACCGAAUUUUUCAAUUCUGUAAAAUUUUUGCUCAACUUCAAAAUGGAUGAAAUUGAAAUAAAGUUAAACAUUUGAGUGGUAAAGUGAUACAAAAGAAUUCUUUUUUUCCUCCCUUGGAGAGUUAAUUGAUAUUUGAUGGGACUUGCAUUUUAGAUUAUGUUGAAGGAUAAUGUGAACCAAUGUAUAAUCGGAAUCAGUAUUUGUUGAUAGGGUCAUAGAAUGACUGUCUUGCUGUAAUAAAGACUUGCAUCUGCAAGCCAUUGGUGCAUGCUUCAUGAUGUAUAUGUAUUAUAAAUUCAACUGCAAGAUAAAAUGUUUUCUUUUCCCCCGAA